CUAUUCUGUGUGUAUGUUUUGACGUUGAAAGUUGAGUUGUUGAUUUCAUCGAUUGCAUUUUAAUUUUCUUGUAAAACAAAGUGUUUUCUCUCAUUCUUAUCAAAGAAUAUCCGUAACAGAACAUGAGUAUGAUGUCUCGGCGCGGGCUGGAGGAGGAGCCGGCGCCGGUGCGCACGAAGCCGUCGCAGUCGCAGCAGGAGAAGCUGCUGGAGCUGUUCGCGGCCAAGCCCUGGCUGUGCGCCGGGCCGCCGCGCUCGGGCUACGCGCGCGACCGCAACCGCGCCGCCUGGCAGGACAUCGCCGCCGAGCUCAACGCCGACCUCUCCGGCUGCCACAAGACCUGGAAGCGCUGGGCCAAGUUCUGGUCAGACAAAAGGAGCAGCAUAAAGAAGAAGGUCCGGCAGCGCACGAUCGAGCGGCUGCACGCGACCGCGGACGCGGAGCUGGACUCCGAGCUCACCGGCAUCGAGGAGCAGAUGCUGGCACUCAUGGGGGGCGAGGCCGCCGUGCUCGGCGACCGUGACCCCACACUCAACCCAUACAUACCGCAUGUUUCUGUUGAAUAUGGAAGCAAUGAAGACCUCAAUACACCUUCACAAUCAUUAGAUCAGUGCUCGUCCCCCGCGGCGCCGGCGUCCCCCCCCGCCCCCGCGUCCCCCGCGCCCCCCCUCGCGGCGCGCGCGCGGCGCUGCCUGCGGGCGCUGGCGCGGCGCCACCCCGCGCUGCGCGGGGACCCCGCCUUCCGCGACCUGCUCGCGCUGCUGCCCGCGCCAGAGUCGGAGCGGCGCUCGGCGGCGGCGGGCGACAGCGACGAACUGGACGAUGAGCGGGCGGACAGCGACGAGCCGGGCGAGGCCGCGGGGUCAGAGCCGGCGGCGGUGCGGGUGAAGACCGAGCGAGCGGACAGCGUGGAGCGAGGCUGCGGCUGCGACCAGGUAACAACACUGCACUAUGCGUAC